CUAUUGUCGGUGUUCCUAAAUUUUUACGUAAAUUCAGAUAAAAGCAUGUCUCGUAAUUUGUUUUUAUCAAUUACAAAAUUUGUACAACACUUGGAGCACUUAUUCCUGCCAAAUGGCUCACCGCCACCAGCUCUAGCUUUAGCCGGUUUUCAUCAACAAAUUAACGACGUGGGCAGCACACAGAACUUCAAUCUCAAACAACUUCUGGGCAAUGGGGUUCUAUGGGCUGUGCCUAAGCAUCGACGCACUGUUGAAAAGAGAUUAAAUCGUAAAUUCGGCUACCCAGAAUACGUUUGGAAACCGUUAAAGGUGAAAACCCAUUUGCGCACGUGCAAUCAAUGUGGCCAUGAUUACGAAGUCGGUGUGCUAUGUCCUCACUGCUACGAUAAGGUGCGUCAGGAAACGCAGCUCAUGCAAGACAAAAUACAAGAACACUUGGGACUUGAGCCGGUAGAACAAGAGGUAAUUGUCCUUUACGAUGGCGAAAAGACUGCAGAAGCCUCCGACGCACUGAAAGGAAAAAGAAUCGUGGAAAUGCAAAAGCAACGCCCCAUGUGGUUCACGAAGAAUCUACUGCAGAAAUCUACGCAACAGCAGUCAGAAACUAAAGAGGUUAAACCAACGGACUUAGGCUAACCCUGAGCAUCAGUUAUUAUGUGUAUUUGCACAUUUUUGCAUUAAAAUGCCAGUUUGUUAACAAAAA